GAAGCCGCCGCUGCAGACGAACACCUUCACGGUCACACCGAAUAUGCCGGGACUGCUGCUCGGGGACGUGUUUCCUGACUUCGAGGCAGACACCACCACGGGCAAAAUUAAACUCCACGAAUUUCUCGGUGAAUCAUGGGGAAUCCUGUUCUCCCACCCCAGAGACUACACCCCUGUAUGCACCACGGAGCUGGGUCGAGCUGCCAGGCUGAGCAGCGAGUUCAGCAAACGGGACGUCAAGAUGAUCGCCCUGUCCAUCGACUGCCUGGAGGAUCACCACGGCUGGACCAAGGACAUCCUGGCCUACAACUGUGAGGAGUCUGCUUGCUGCUUGCUGCCCUUUCCCAUCAUAGCGGACAGUAAACGGGAGCUGGCAGUGGCCCUGGGCAUGCUGGACCCUGAUGAGAAGGACAAAGAUGGCAUGCCGCUCACUGCCCGCUGCGUGUUUAUCAUUGGCCCUGACAAAAGGCUGAAACUGUCACUCCUCUACCCUGCCACCACCGGACGCAACUUUGAUGAGAUUUUAAGAGUGGUGGACUCACUCCAGAUCACAGCAGGGAAACGAGUGGCCACGCCUGCUGACUGGGUGCCUGGCGACUGCGUGAUGGUCCCUCCCAGCAUGUCUGAGGAGGAGGCGGCAUCUUUGUUCCCAGGUGGCAUCUACACCAAAGACCUGCCCUCUGGCAGGAAGUACCUGCGCUACACGCCCCAGCCAUGAACACGGGCAGAGACAGCACUGAUGUUCAACACUCGCUUAUUGUACGGCUGGUUUUUGUCCUCACCAGGUAGAUAAACAAGUCAGCGGGCAUACCAGCUGUGAAUCAGCACCUGACACAACGUAUGGAAUGAAAAGCAAUGCCUUAAAGAACACGAGGGACUCUUCUAAUGUGACAUUGUACAGUAUGCACAGCUCCAGUAAUAAAGCCUGCACUAAUCAGCUUACUUUUCCAAAGGGGGAUCAUUUUGGGAGUUUGGAGUUUGGACCCUUUUUUAUAUUGAUGAUAAAACAUAUAGUAUAUAUGGUAUAGCAGUUUCUAGUUUUGGUAUAGUGAAACUGUCAGGGUUAGAGUAUUUUGGAUCAUAUGUGUAUUGUUUACCCUUGACAUCUUUUUUUGACCAACGCCAGAGGAAGUGGCUUAAGGUGCAAUUUGCACAAAGCACAACCUUAUGAGAGCAUAUGAUACUAUUUCUAUUUUAUCUGAAGAACUUACUUCAUUAAACACAGUUAGUUGCAGCUUUUUUGUACUUGUACUUACUUGUGGAAUUGAUGACUUCCACAUAAUUGAUUGCAAUAACGUUGCAUUAGUUUUGCCAGGACAAAGUAAUUUCACUGAAAGUCUUGUGGAUUUACUGGAUCUGUACUCUAAUGGCUGACUGUUUGACCUGCGUGGGACAAUA